AUGAAAAAAUAUUAUUUUGCUCUUUUUCUUGAACCACUACCAUGUUUACCACAACGAUUUUUCUUAGGAAAUAUAUUACAUCUCAAAAAUGAAUCCUUAUUCUCAACGUUGGCUACUUGUCAAAAACGUUUUGGUGAUACAUAUGCUUCAUAUUUUGGUCCAUCACGAUUUGUUUGUAUUAAUAAUGUUGAACAUGUUCAAGAAAUCUUCACGAAACGUCAUAUUUAUGAUCGAGAUUCAUUCAUACGCAGUAAUAUUGAUGUAGUUUUACCCAAAUGUCUUCGUACUUUACUCGGAGAUGAAUGGCAUUUACGAAAACGAAUAGUUGUUGAACCUUUUCGUCAGACAGAACUGCCAAGAUAUCUUUCAAACCUAGUACAUUUAUGGGAUUUGAUUAUUGAAAAUUGGUGCAUUGAAAAAUAUGUUACCGAUGAUUCUAAUAAAAUAUCAUCCACAACUAAUGGGUAUAUGCUUGAACUUUUAAUGGAAAUCUUUAUGGGUGAUUCAACCAUACCAGAAGUCUCAUUUGCUGAUUUUUGUGACGCUUUUUUAAGGUUUAAUGGUUAUGUUGACUUUAUGUUUACAACAUUUUUUCUUCCAACUAUAGUAAAAAAAUGGCGUGUGAAAAUGACGAAAGACUAUCGUGAAAGCGAGGCUCUUCUUCAUUCAUACGUAAAAAAAUUAAGUGAUAAUGCUGUUAUAACAGAAAAAAAUCUAAUAAAUUCUUUUCUGGAAGCACACAAAAAGGAACAUAUGUCAGAAAAUGAUAUUUUCUCUGAUAUUAUCGAUAUAUUAACAACAGCUUACACGACUACGAAAGGAAGCUCCGCAUCUAUUAUUUAUUAUUUAUCAACCAACCCACAUAUACAAACAAAGAUUAAAGAAGAAUUAACUACCAUUGGAAUUAAUCGUGACACAACAUUAACGAUUGAGUUGGUCAAUCGUUUAACUUAUAUCGAAUGUGUAUGUCAAGAAGUUAUAAGACAUUCUACUGAAAUAACACCAUUUGUUGCACGAACAGCAUUGCAAGAUGAUAUUAUUGGUAAUGAUCAUAAUCGUAUUAAUAUUCGAAAGGAUGAUCUACUUAUUAUUUGCACAUAUAAUAUUCAUCAUGAUCCAAAACAUUGGAAAUUGGAUCCUUAUCAGUUUUUACCAGAACGAUUUCUUGACGAAGAUCCAGAUCGUCAUCGAUAUGCUUUUCUACCAUUUGGUGGUGGUCAUCGUGCAUGUAUAGCACAACAAUUAGCUAUGUUAGAAAUGAAAGUGUUUAUUAUACGUCUGAUGUUAUUAGUUACUGUUCAUCGAAGUAAAGAUAUUCCAACAUCAGCGAUCAAUCCGGUGAUUCGUCAAGAAGAGACACCAGAUUUGACUGGUGUUUAUCUAAAACCAACUGAUGAAGAAAUUUCUUAA